CCGUCAGUAAUAUUUAAUUAUUAAAAAUUGUCUUUUACAAUUAAAUAGUGGAGCAUACAUGUGAAAUUUACCUCAAAACGUAUUAAAAUACAUUUUAAUUCAUCUCGCUUCGUUACAUAUUGUUUGCAAACGGUCAGUUCAAAGAAGAAAAUUGUUCUGGGUUUCCACCAUUGAAGUAACCAAGUGGUGAACGAGUAUCAGGAAAGGUCCGAAGAAGCGUACCGAAGGCUGUGCUAGGUACUGUCACAUGGAAUGUAGCUUUAUCUCAAUAUGAAUGGAGAAGUGAAUGGAACCAUGGAUGAGCCUAUGGAGAUUGCUCCAGCUUCACCUGUGGACUCACUACACUGUAAUAAAAUUACCUCUGAAGACUGUAAACAUGAGAAUAAAUCGGAGGAUAGUGAGAGUACAGAAAUUAAUAACCAUUUAGAAAAUAAUGAGAAGGAGGCUGAAGAUAAGGAGGUCUCAAGGCCAGAUGAUGGGGACAACCAUCAGGAUGAAAGUAUGGAUCAAACUACAGAGUUAGCACCUACUGAGGAAACUAGUAAUAGUGUUAAUGAAAAUCCUUUGGAAAAUAACUGUAGCAAUAGUAAUGAAUCAUAUCCAGAGUCCUUAAAUAGUAAUCAGGAUAAGACAAUAUUCAUAGAGCAGAAGAAAAUGCAUUGUGAAGAUGAAAAGAGCAAAGACGGAGAGACUGAAAACAAUUGUAGUGCAGUCACUGUGAAUGAUGAGGAAUCUGACGAGGAGAUGGACUCUGAAGAGGAUUCAUCGGAAGAAGGGUCCGAGGUGUCUGCCGUGCCCAGAGCCGAGGACACCGUCAGUAUUAAUUCAGACUCCGAGCCCGAUCGCGGCGAUGACUCGUCUCAAGAGAGUCACAGAAAUAACAGCAGCGAAAUAAUUAUCUUAGAGAACGACAAUGGACCCGACAGCCAGAAUAAUGGCAACUCCCGCGAUUCCGCAGCCGCCGAGGUCCACGAGAUUAUAAGUGAUAAUGAUAAUGACGAUUGUGUUGUGACCAAUGACGAAAAAUCCAAUUCAAGUGUUAGUGAUAAUAGAGUACAGCUGCGACGCAGCAGUAGAGCUAUUAAAAGAAAAAUUUACAUUGACGAGGAAAUGGAGAAUGGGGGUGACGGGUCUGAUAUUGAAGAGGUGGUGAUGGAAGAUCCACUAACUCGUAAAUCCAAGCCUAUAGUCGUAAACGAUACUAAGGCCUUAGUAGCGAUGGCAGCAAAGCAAUCUAAGACCAGCAAUAAUCAAAAAAAGGAACCCACUGUCGUGAUUAUAGAUACCAAUUCAAUCCUUUCUGGAAAGAGUUCGACGCCAUCGGCCCCUAAAUCGACGGUCUCGUCUAUGACGGCGGAGAAUUUAUAUCAAAGUAUUGUAGCCCGCGGAACGACUGUUACCCCAGUGAGUAGUAAAACGGCAAGUAGCACUAAUACUGUUACUUCCCAAAACUCAAGCCAGACUGCACAACCUAACAUACUCCCCUCUCUGACCGACGACAUGUUCGUCGUAGAAGCACCUUCAUUUAUCGUACCUUACGUUUAUGAAAAGCCUUCCAUAAAGCCAUUUAGAGAAUUUGUAGACAUAUUAGGUAAAGAAUUAGAGGAACAAAAAGCCAAAGAAGAGCAAGAAAGAUUAGAAAAACAAAAACUGGAGAAGGAGAAACGAGAGCAAGAGAAAAAAGAAAAACGGGAGCGAGGUGAAGAAGUAGAAGACUCUGAGGAUGAAGAGAAGGAAAAAGAUGCUGCCAAGGAUGACGCUGAGGAAGACGAGAAGAAAAAGAAGAAGGCUGAGAAAAAAGAAAGGAGGCGUCGUAAAAAUGAAGAAGAAGAUGAUGUGUCAUGGGACGGUGAAAGUUCCACAGAUUCAGAAGAUGAUAUUAAUAGUGACGAAGAAGAUAAAACUGUUGUUAUUAAGGAUAAAGCUGAUUCUAUAGAAGAAAUUAAGGAUGUAACAGAACUAAUUACUGAUAAGGUUACCACUGGAAAAUCUGACAAUUAUUUUGAUUGUUCGCUUGGGAAAUUCUUUAUAAAUAUUGGGCUAAACUUUGUGCAGGAAUAUGUACAAAAUGAUUUAUUGAAGCAGCAAAAUCGAAAACUAUACAGGGAAAAGAAAGCCGGCCACAGCACGAAGGCGACAGAGUCUUCAAUAGCAUCCCUUAUGAAGAAUCUUGAGUUUAGUAAAGAAAAUAAUGCACCUUAUCGGUAUCCUCAAAUUAAAUGUGAAUUUUGUAGUUUCAAAACUGAAUCCAUGUUAGUAAUGUCUCAUCACUUGGAAACGCCGCACAUGAAAAAUAAUGUAUAUAAAUGUAAUUUCUGUGCAUUUGAAAUUCGAAGUCCUCAUGAUAUUCUUUAUCAUAUGGAGGCGGAGCACAAUACGCGGGGGAAGUUGGAGCGAGCGCCGGCCUACCACCAGUGCGCCAACUGCCCCUUCGAGGACAACGGGAAGGGCAAGCUGGCCCGGCAUCUCAUCCCGUGCGCUAAGAAGUUCAAACCGGAGAUCAAUCUGGCGCCUCCCGUCGAGUGGGAACCACCGGCCAAAAUACCAAAGAUAACAAGAGCUCGGAAUAACAUGUUGGGGUCGUACCAAGGCGGUUUCGGGCGGCCGCAGCUCGGCAACAACCUGGUGCGCGCGCCCAACAUGGGCGGCGUGAUGGGCGCGGGCGCGGGCGCAGCGUUCCGCGCGAGGGGCCGCGCGCCGCUCGCCGCGCCGCCGCGCCCCACCAUGCUCGGCUCCACCAUGAUCCGAGGCGUCAUGGUGCGCCAACCUACCCCCGCGAUGAAUAACAAUAAGAGCGCCAUGCUCGGCAAGUCGAUGCACCAGCCGUCGAUCUCGAUCACGCCGCUACCGCGGCAGCCGCAACCGGCGCCCGCGCCCGCGCACACCAAGAGCACCUUCGUCAUCUGCGAGAUCUGCGACGGCUACAUCAAGGACCUGGAGCAGCUCCGCAACCACAUGCAGUGGAUACACAAAGUCAAAAUACACCCCAAAAUGAUAUACAAUAGGCCGCCGCUCAAUUGCCAAAAGUGUCAAUUCAGAUUUUUCACUGAUCAAGGGCUAGAACGGCACCUGCUGGGGUCGCACGGGCUCGUGACGAGCUCCAUGCAGGAGGCGGCCAACAAGGGCAAGGACGCCGGCCGGUGUCCUGUCUGUGGCAGGGUAUACCAGUGGAAAUUGCUCAACCAUGUAGCUAGAGAUCAUAACCUGACGCUCAAGCCGGCGCACCUAUCGUACAAGUGCACAGUGUGCACCGCUACCUUCGGCAUGUACAAACAGUUCGAGAACCACGUGUACUCGGCGCACAGCGUGGUGGCCAAGCGCGUGAUGGACAAGAGCAAGACGGCCGCGGCGGCCGCGCCCGCCGCCAAGCCCAACGACUCGCUGCUCAAGCCGCUCAAGAUCAACGACGAGAUCACCAUCAUACCGCAGCCGGUCAAGGCCUCUACUCCCACGCCGGCGAAGGAUAAAUAAACAGGGAGCGCCGGGACGCCGCCAGCUUGCCGCCGCCCGCGCCGCGCACCCCACCUCCGCGCCGCCUGCACGGGACGCCCGACAGUCGACCAUUAGUAUACAUUCCAAUUACAACCUACCAAUAAAAUAGAUUUUAAAGUCACUUAAAACAAUAACACCACUGAUAUAUAAAAGCAAUAAAUUAAGAGCAUAUCGACAAGUAAUUUGACAUUGUUUGCUUUUUAGGAGUCGAAGAUCCUUCGACUUGUAGGUAGCAAUGUGUAUGUAUGUGUUCUUGUAUUUGAUACUGAAGAAAUUUGCACUGCCUAGGCGAAAUAAGCCAGUGAUAUGUUGAACGACUUAUACUGUCCGUUUGACAGACUAAGAUUUCUUGGCUUAAAAUUAAUUGUGCCGUAUUGUAGCAGACGAGAGCGCAGUUUGGUGACUAAACUGCACGUUAGUGAUAAAAAGUUGUUUACGUGACAUUAAUAAACCUUUGAUAAAUUGGAAUGUAUACUAAAUGCCUAGAGCAUUUUUCAAUGUAGGCUCUAAAUACCUCAGGAUUUUUAUCGUCGAAAAUAAUAGAUUUGAAAUAUAUCUUUUGUUACAACAUCGUGUUCUAUAGUUUCAAAUGAUGGUUCUGAACAUUUGAUUUAUAUAUAUAAUAUAUAUAUAUUUGUGAGAGGUUGUGUUAUACAGUUAAGAGCAUAAUUGAACCAACACAACAUGCAUCAUUUUGAAUCGCUUCUUUAAUUUUUUCAGAAAAGGUAUUAUUUCAAUACAUUUAGUUUAAAAUUUGGAUAUUACUUCGCGAGUGUAAUGAAAAACAUUGUGUAUAUCACGGGCGGCUGAAGGAUUACGAACUCGAGUUAUUUAAGCCUCUCGUUCGUAAUUCUUCACUAUCUGCCCUUAAUACACAAUUUACUAUUACAAGUCAGUUUUGUCGCGGUACUUAAGGAGUAAUAUUCUGUAUUUAGCAUUUCGACGUAAAUUUGAUUGUCAUCAAAUUAUUUACAUUUUACCAAGGGACAAAUAUUGACUUAGUUGUGCUCCUAUCUGUAUGCCUCGAUUUUGUAUAAUUCACUAUAAAGUUAGGUAGACGAUUUAUCUUAUCUGAUAUUAGAAUCUUAAAGCACCGAAAUUAACGAAUUUACGGUUUAGUUGCCGCAGCUGAAAAGGGAUCUCCCUGCCAAGCAAGUAAUAGUUUAAAAAUGGAAGUUGUUUUGCUGGUCAACAGCUUCGCAUGAGACAUAGUUCACACGGCAGGCCACGUAUCGUCGCAACUCACAGAACUGUUCCCAGAAGGCUGCGAAGACUGGUCUUGUAAAGUCUGUGUUAAAGUUAAGGAUGCCGUCGUAAGGAUAACAAAUAGUUACAAGUGUUAGAUAAUCACUAAUAGUAUUAUUUUAAUGCGCCUGAUCGUCUAACAACAAACCGCAACUUUUCGGUUUGAAACCAAUAUAGCAUUUUGUAUCUAGAGGUUGAAUCGUUGCUUCUUUAUUUAUUAUUAUAACUUAUAAGACCAGUCCGCAGUUUUACUGUAGUAUUUAUAUGUAUAUAUUUAGUGAAAAAAUAUAUAAGUAUCUCAUUUUAAUGAGAUGUCUUUUGUCUAGUUUUAUAUGCAGUGUUACGGAUUUAUAGCGAUUUUAUAAUUCACGGAUAUGCACGGGAGAAGGUAUAGGUCUACUUCGAAGACGAAUUACGAAAUACAAAUCCAUCGUAGCGGGUACGUAACUUUUGUCUAAAACGUAUAUGGUACAGUCAUAAUUAUAACGAAACAUCACAAUGCUUAUGAUUUCAUCUUUAUGUCACGUAGGCGUGUAACACCCAAACUUGAGCUUUUACUAUUUUUAACCGACUUCAAAAAAAGGAGGAGGUUCUCAAUUCGACUGAAUGUUUUUCGUACAUAAGAUUCAAUGAGUUCAUUGAAAUUCUUGCAACGAAAAUGUUUAUGCACGCACCAAAUGAAAACCGCACUAAUAAUAAAGCCUCACGGGAGCACAGCUGCGAAUGAAAAAUGCUAAUAUACAAAGCAUAUUUCAUAAUUAUUUAACAGCGUGAGAUUAGUCGAUUAGUCUUACGAAGUUCAGUUGGUAAAGUUAAUCUUUUGUAUUACGUCGUGAAGUUCCUACUUUACAAAUAAAGUAAAACACUUUUUCUACUCGUCGACUUUAAUCUGUCAAUUAGGACACCACAGACUAAACUAUAAGUGCUGACUUUUCAGUGUUAGAUAGUCUUUGACACUUAUAAAAAUA